CAGGUGACAGCUAAUGGCGGCGGCUGCCUGAGCCGGGCGAGCGGCAGAUCGCGGCCGCGGGAGGCGCGCGGCGGGACCUUCCGGGGCGCCGCUCCCCUCCCGACUGCGGCUUCCCGGCGGCGGCGGCGGCGGCGGCGCCGGGCGGGGCGCGCCAUGGACAGGCCGGCGGCGGCGGCGGCGGCGGCGGCAGCGGCAGCGGCAGCGGGCGGCGAGGGCGGCGGGGGCCUGGGCCCGGGGCCGGCGGGCGGCAGGACCCCUCGGGUCGCGGGGGGCCCCGCCGCCGGCUCCCGGCAGCCCAGCGUGGAGACCCUGGACAGUCCUACAGGAUCACAUGUUGAAUGGUGUAAACAGCUUAUAGCUGCUACAAUUUCUAGUCAGAUUUCAGGUUCAGUGACAUCAGAAAAUGUAUCCAGAGAUUACAAGGUUUUCAGGAGGCCUGAUAUCAGGGCUCUAAGGGAUGGAAAUAAGCUGGCACAGAUGGAAGAAGCGCCACUUUUCCCAGGAGAAUCAAUCAAGGCCAUUGUGAAGGAUGUCAUGUACAUCUGCCCGUUUGUGGGAGCAGUGAGUGGAACUCUGACGGUGACCGACUUUAAGAUGUACUUCAAGAAUGUGGAGAGAGACCCGCAUUUCGUCCUUGAUGUCCCUUUGGGAGUGAUCAGCAGAGUUGAGAAGAUUGGAGCACAGAGCCAUGGUGACAAUUCUUGUGGCAUUGAGAUUGUGUGCAAGGAUAUGAGGAACUUGCGACUUGCUUACAAACAGGAAGAACAGACUAAACUCGGGAUAUUUGAAAACCUUAACAAACACGCAUUUCCUCUUUCCAAUGGGCAGACACUCUUUGCAUUCAACUAUAAGGAAAAAUUUCCAGUUAAUGGAUGGAAAGUGUAUGAUCCGGUAGCUGAAUAUAAGAGACAGGGCUUGCCAAAUGAGAGUUGGAAAAUAUCCAAAGUAAACAGCAAUUAUGAGCUCUGUGACACCUACCCCGCCAUCAUUGUCGUGCCAACUAGCGUCAACGAUGAUGACCUUUCAAAAGUGGCAGCUUUUCGAGCAAAAGGCCGAAUCCCGGUGUUGUCAUGGAUUCAUCCAGAAAGUCAGGCCACAAUUACCCGUUGCAGCCAGCCCCUUGUGGGUCCCAGUGACAAACGCUGCAAGGAAGACGAGAAGUACUUACAGAUGAUAAUGGACGCCAACGCGCAGGCUCACAAACUCAUCAUCUUUGACGCCCGGCAGAACAGCGUCGCCGACACCAACAAGGCCAAGGGUGGGGGCUACGAGAGUGAGAGCGCUUACCCAAACGCCGAGCUCGUGUUCCUGGAGAUCCACAACAUUCACGUGAUGAGAGAGUCGCUGCGGAAGCUGAAGGAGAUCGCCUACCCCUCCAUCGACGAGGCGCGGUGGCUGUCCAACGUGGAUGGGACGCACUGGCUGGAGUACAUCAGGAUGCUUCUCGCUGGAGCAGUAAGAAUCGCUGAUAAAAUAGAGUCGGGGAAGAGCUCGGUGGUGGUGCACUGCAGCGACGGGUGGGACCGAACAGCCCAGCUGACGUCUCUGGCCAUGCUGAUGCUGGACAGCUACUACCGCACCAUUAGAGGAUUCGAGGCUCUCAUAGAAAAGGAGUGGCUAAGCUUUGGACAUAGGUUUGCACUGCGAGUGGGCCAUGGCAAUGACAACCAUGCAGAUGCUGACCGAUCCCCUAUAUUCCUUCAGUUUAUUGACUGUGUUUGGCAAAUGACGAGACAGUUCCCCUCAGCCUUCGAGUUUAACGAGCUGUUCCUGAUGACGGUGCUGGACCACCUCUACAGCUGCCUCUUUGGGACUUUCUUAUGCGACUGUGAACAGCAGCGGUUCAAAGAGGAUGUAUAUACAAAGACUGUAUCUUUAUGGUCCUACGUCAAUAGCCAGCUUGAUGAAUUUUCGAAUCCCUUCUUUGUGAACUAUGAAAACCACGUCCUCUAUCCUGUGGCUAGUCUGAGUCAUUUGGAAUUGUGGGUAAACUAUUACGUACGGUGGAAUCCGCGAAUGAGGCCUCAGAUGCCCAUCCACCAGAACCUCAAGGAGCUGCUGGCCAUCCGCGCGGAGCUGCAGAAGAGGGUGGAGGACCUGCAGCGGGAGGUGGCCACGCGCGCCUCGUCCUCUUCUGAGCGCGGCUCCUCGCCGGCACACUCGGGCACGCCUGUCCACACCUCGGUGUGACGGCCGGCCCUGCCCUCGGGCCGCCCCGGCGCCCGUCGGUGUGCUAGGUGGCAGCUCCCUCUGUCGUCCAGUGCUGUUGUGUUGUGAACACCUGCUGGCCACCUGCCAGCGCUUGCCCAGCGCGUGGGAGACACUCGGGUGAGUGCCAGGCGACGCCGAGGCUCGAGGCGGGACGUCCUCGUGGAAGAGCAGCCCGCGGGCUCAGGCCCGUGGCCGCGCCCGCCCGCCGCGUUGAAAGGUGACACCUGCUGGAGGACAGACCCCGGCCCCUGCCCGUGCUUCUCCGCGCCAGGGCUCCCCGUGCCCGCUCCGGCCGGCCGGCCGUGUACAUAGAGGGUAUUUUUAAACGAGAGAAACACGCCUUUAUUUUCCUACGCCCUUUUUUUUAUGUUGAGGCCGGUCUCCGCGGGGGAGCGGCUUCCCCGGCCCGGCCCCGCCGGGCCUCCAGGCGGCGCGCACGCUGCCUCGUCGCGGUACGUCGGCCCCACGACCUGACUGUGACUGUCCGCCCCCGGCUCUGGCCCCGGCCGCCCGGCUGUCCCCAGGGCUGGCCCGGCGAGCCCCGCGGACGGAGCCCCCACCGCCCCCGGCCUCUGCGGGGCUCGGCCGCGGCGGCGCUCCCUGCGCAAGACGCGCGCCCUCGCGGUAUUCCUGCCGCGGCCGCCUGGGGCCCCGGAGGCCGAGGCCGGGAGCCGAGCCCGCGCCUCCCCCGUCUCCGUCUCUGUCGCCGCCCUCAGCCCCCGCCUCGCCUCGCCUCGCGCCGGCCCGUCCCUGGCCGGCCCGUCGGUCUGGGCGGAGUUCCUGACCCAUCCGCCGCCGGAGCGCAGAGCCCCCCCCGCGGGCCGUGGCACUGCCCGCCCCUGGGCCCCCCCCCGCCGCUGCGGGCACUCAGCAUGCCGCGGGAGGGGCAGCCGCUCCGCGGGCACCUGCGUCGGCGUGCCCGGGCUGCUUUCAGGUUAGGGCAUGUGACCCAAAGUCCAACAUAUUCACCUUAUUUUUACCGAAAAUUCUUAAAGGUUUUUUACACUCAGCUACUUAGGGAAUAGAUGUUUUUUCAACUUGGAACCUUCUGAUUCUUAGAGAAAAUUAUCUGGUAUCUGUAGGUAGCAAAUAUUUAUUCAAGGUAAUUUGAUAACCUAAAAUCGUCUCCAUUUUUAUCCUCUGCGGGAUUUGUUUCUAAACUGUGGUUUAAUUGGUAUUAGCUUGUGAUUUAUGCUUCCAGCCAUUAGCUGAAAGCCUAAUUAUGAAUGGAUAAACUGGAUUAAUUGUUGAUAAUACUGAUUUUUUAAAAAUGGGGACAUUUCCUAAUUCCCCCCCCCCCUCGAAAUAUCACAUAAUUCCCCCAGCUGCAUGAAGACUACUAACCUUGGUGUGGACUGGGUGAUGCUUUUGACAGAUCCAGAGAAGCCAAGAGGGCUUGUUCAUGCCAAGGUCAGCCCCCCCCCCCCGCCCCGCGCUAGGUCCCAGACGCACCCAUUCGGUUUGAAAGCAGCACAACAGAUCAGUUUUCUUGGUAUGUAUCACAGAGCUGUUUCUAAAACAACCUGAAGUAUAGUUUUGUUACUUAAGCAAUUCUUUUUUUUUUUUUCAGUUUUAUUUAAGUGUUCUAGAAUGUAAAAACCUUUACGGUUCAGAUUUUUAAAGACUGGUACAGUAUCGUAUUUGCCUCAUCUGAUGCACUGUUUCAAUCUGUAAUUAAAAUGUUUGCUCCAUGGUCUCA